UAAUUCGUAUAGGCCACAGCCAAAAAUUGCAAAAUUCUAUUUAGAAAUGACAAUAAUCAGAGGGGGCUUUCGUAAUUUAAAGUAUGUUGAAGGACUCAUCUUUUUGAAAAAAUACCAGGUAAAGAAAAUGUAAAGCAAACCGGAAGCAGAGAUCGAAUCGGAGAAUCACGGAGACGCACACUGAGGGGGUGGAAUGACGAUGGACAGAGAGAGGGAGAGAGAGAUGGAACUGGAGAGUGCAAUGUACACCAAUUGCUUGUUACUUGGCUUGGACCCUAACAUAAUCGGCGGUGGGUCGAACAGCGGCAACCCACGCGUCGGGUUAUUCCGCCAUUCCAACCCGAAACUCGGCGAACAGCUUUUGUACUUCAUCUUGUCCUCUCUUCGGGGUCCAGUUCAAUCCGCCAAGGACUUCGAUAAGGUGUGGCCUAUAUUUGAUUCAGCUCAGUCUAGGGAUUUCCGGAAGGUUGUGCAAGGGAUUAUAAGUGAACUGGAAUCUCAAGGAGCGUUACCCAGGAGCAACUCGAGGGUUUCGUCCCUUGCAACUUGCUGUGGACCAAGAUUUGUCGAACUCUUGUGGCAACUUUCUCUACAUGCUUUGAGGGAAGUCCAUAGGCGAACAUUUCCAGCUGAUGUAGCAUCAAAUCCUCUGCCUGCUCCGCUGACCGAUGUAGCUUUCUCACAUGCAGCCACACUACUUCCUCUAACUAAGGCUAGAAUAGCUCUUGAAAGAAGGAAAUUUUUGAAAAAUGCCGAGACUGCAGUUCAAAGGCAGGCCUUAUGGUCCAAUUUGGCGCAUGACAUGACAGCAGAGUUUCGUGGUCUGUGUGCUGAAGAGGCUUAUCUGCAUCAAGAGCUUGAAAAACUACAUGAUUUGAGAAACAAAGUGAAAUUGGAAGGAGAUCUCUGGGAUGAGCUUGUAUCUAGCUCUAGUCAGAAUGCUCAUAUGGUCCAAAGAGCAACUCGCCUGUGGGAUUCUUUGUUAUCUCGCAAGAGUCAGCACGAGGUUCUUGCUUCUGGCCCAAUUGAGGAUCUUAUAGCUCAUCGUGAACACAGGUAUCGCAUCUCUGGUUCAUCUUUGCUUGCAGCGAUGGAUCAAAGUUCCUUAGUUCCAUCUACUAAUUUAGCUCCUCAAUACUUAGAUAAUGAGGAAACUGAAAGUUCACAAACUGAUGUAAACAAAGAGAGCAAAAGCAUGUCUGAAUGUUCUAUUACUUGUGGGAACGAAGAAAAGUUUUCUCGAGUGGAUGAAAGAAGCUCAAGAGGACAGCCUACUGUUGAUAUAGCAGAAGUCUUGCGGCGUUGGACCCAUGCCUUGCAGCGCAUUCAUAAGCAAUCACUUCAACUAGCCAAAGCUAAUGAUGGAGAUGGUCCAGAUCUCUUAAGAAGUGUACAUGAUGGUGGUACUAGCAGUCAUGCUGAAUCCUUAACUGAAACACUUGCUGAACACCGGCAGCAUCUAGACAGCAUACAGGUGCUCAUUAAUCAACUAAAGGAUGUUGCUCCAACUAUACGGAACUCAAUCUCAGAACUUACAGAUGAAGUGAAUAGCUUAUCACCUGAUCUCCCUCUUGUUAUGAAGCUUAGAGCCAAUUCGCCUAUUGAGGCACAGAGUAGUGGAAGAAUGUUGGAAAGUGGUAAUGAUGAGGUUGUUGAAAUGACCUCAAGACUGUCAUCCAUUCAGCUUGGAAAGGUAUCAGCUAGUCCCCCUACUUUAAAAUUGCCACCACUGUUUAGUUCGACCCCAAAUUCUUCUGGAAAAGGUGGAAACAUGCAAAAGCGACAGAGUGUGGCCCAAAUCAACUCAAUAGAGACCUGUAAGGAUAAGAACUCCCUGGAGAAGCCUCCACCAAACAGCCAUGUGGAUAGUCAACCUGUUGAAGAUAUUGUUUUUCUGCAAAACUUGAAGAGAUCUGUCAGAGAAGCUGCUCUUUCAUCUCAAUCAUGCAACUUAGAAUCAUCUCAAGAUGGUCGUUCUGAUGAUAACUUCGAGCACUUCUUUGCGCCGCUUUCUAGGAUUGGGUUCUCUGGUCUUGGCCAGGAUAACAAGCAUGAUAACAUGAAGAGUAGACAAUUAUGCGUGCCUCAAGCAGAGCCCUCCUUGCUCCAGAUCCAUGCUAAGGACAUCCAUCAUGAGAACAAGUAUAGUGGAGUAGCAGAUAUGUUAAAUGAUUUGGAAUCACUUGGCGAAUAUGAUGGUGUGAAUGGUUUCCUCUCUGCAGUUGAUUCAAAUUCCCCAGUUUCUGGUGCGUACGGGUCAUUUGUUGACAUUGAUGAAUCUCAGGAACAAGUUUUCUCACCUCCUUUGCUAAUGGAUGCAACAAUUUUGUCAGAUUCAUAUGAGGAUCUGCUAGCACCAUUAUCGGACACUGAAACGGCUUUAAUGGAGCAUUGAAAGUCUGGACAGGCUGUAUCUUCAAGAGAUUUUUAUUUUUGUGGAAAGCCUCUUACUGUUUCUGCACUGGGAUAUGCUACCAUGAUAUGGUGCUCGUAUGAUUCUGUCUAUCCUCUUAUCUUGCAUGCCUGUACUAAUCUUUUCAUGAACAAGGAGAUACUGGAAUUUCAGCUGUGAGAACUGUUUAUGGCAACAGUAAAGUGGCCAAGGAGAUUGAAUAUUCAAUUUCCGAGAAUGUGACUGUCGGUUUCUCAAAACCCUUUCUCAAUUUUGGUUUUCGGAAGCAAAAAAUGAGGUCUACCGACAUUAGGCAUAUUGUAAUGAUUUGAAGUGUAUGACAGGCAAGAGUUAAUCUUCCAAUGUGCCGUGUGCUUAUAAUUGUCAAGAUUCAUAACAGCACAUACAUUCAUACAUCACACUGAUGCACUGAUUGGUUCAUAAUUAUUUACAAUAUUGGAUUGUUGUUGAGAGAGCAAUAAUAGAAACUCAAUGAGUUGAAAAUUUGCUUCCA